UAAAUGUGAUUUAUAGCAGUUUUAGUCACAGGACUGUUGGAGCAGGAGUUAAGACUCGAGGAAAGAAUCAACUGUCCAUUAUUUUCCAUAUAAAUGUCUGGUAAUUUUGUCAUAUUCUAUCGGUAAUUUUCCACAUUUGUUAGUUGUGGCGGACACUACAACUAGCCUACUUUCCUGAGCUAGCUUGGUCAUUGACGUUACUGUCGCGGACAUCAAUGACAAUCAUCCCCCGGGCUUUACAUGUUGCCACAACAACACGCUUCAAACUCGAUAUUUGAAGGGCAUAAAACGAGGUCAGCCGCCCAGUACUGAUACGUUCCGUUUGUUCACCAAACUCCCUGCAAAAAAGUAGCAAAGUUUAUAUGUUGCUGGUCGCUGUUUAUCUAGAAGAACACUCUUUUCGAACGGGAGGGUUUUUCCUCAUUAGCAAGGAACAGCUCUUCAAUUCGGCAUACAUCAGAUCAUCAGAGCUGCUGGAGGCUGAACGCUGAGCUGAAAUUAUGGUGCUGAAGAUCUUCUUCCCGCAGUGCUGUAACCUGGCGGACAGCGGACUGCUGGUUGGCCGCUGGAUCCCUGGUCAUGACUCUGCUGUGGUGCUGGCGGUCAUCCACUACCCGUUCAUCCCCGGACAGGUCAAACAGUACAUCCAGCAGAUGCAGGCCCAGAGUGGGGUGGAGCUGUCGGUGCUGGGCUCCUGGAGUUUACCCAAAGAGGGUCAGGAGGGCAUGGAAAGCUUCCUCAGAGACCUCAGCACCAUGUUCCCCCAGGAACGCUGGCUCCAGAUCCACCGCGAGGUGGGAAAGACGGGCUUCACCUGCCAGGUCCUCACCCGAGAUGAGAUUGGAAAAGCAGGUCAGCGGGCGACUGAGAAGGUGAAUGACGAAGGUGACCGAGAGGCUGGAGGUGAUGAAGAAGAGCAGGAAAAGGAGGAGAAGGUGAUCUUCAUCCACUACGAGCAGAGGAAGGUGAUGUUGUCGCAGCUUCACCCUGUCGAAGUUCCCGACACUGAAACCGAUCCACCGUCUGAGCUGAGACAGGUGUUCCAGACGGUGGCUCGCAGCCAGCCUCUGUUCUUCCUGGACAGGUACGACGACGGGCCGCUGAAGUCGACACACUGGCAGUCUGAAGGUCGAGAGGCCAGCAUCAUCAUGGAGCUGCUCAAACAGGUGUCCGUCCCGCUGUGUCUGCUCAUCAGCUGGCUGCUGUCCAUAUGGACUUGGAUCUGUGACCUCCGGAUCUUCAGUCUUUAUCCGCUACGCUUCCUGUCCAGUAAGCUGUCCACCUGCUGCCAGCUCAGCUACAGAACCGAACACAUGAGGACGCUCAGCUCAGUCAAACCGUCCGCCGGACACACGCACUUCAUGAGGAAAGCCAACAUCUUGGUGUCGUUCCUGGUGGACGUGGCUCUCGGCAUGUUGCUCAUCUCAUGGCUCUACAGAGACGACCACAUCACCAUGUUGGCCAACACGCUGGUGCCUGCGGCCGACCAUGUGGCCAAAGAGCUGGAGGAGCUGCUGCAGUGGCUGAUGGGAGCUCCCGCAGGGCUGAAGAUGAACCGCGCCCUGGACCAGGUUCUGGGCCGCUUCUUCCUCUACCACAUUCACCUGUGGAUCAGCUACAUCCACCUGAUGUCUCCCUUCAUGGAGGCGAUUCUGUGGUACGGCGGCCUGUCAGCCUGCCUGGGCCUCACCUUCGCCCUCUCGCUGCUCUCUGAUAUGGUCGCUCUGCUCACCUUCCACAUCUACUGCUUCUACGUCUACGGCGCCAGGCUGUACUGUCUGAAGAUCUACGGCCUCUCGUCUCUCUGGAGGCUCUUCAGAGGGAAGAAGUGGAACGUCCUGCGGCAGAGGGUGGACUCCUGCUCCUAUGACGUGGACCAGCUCUUCAUUGGAACGCUGCUCUUCACCAUCCUGCUGUUCCUGCUGCCCACCACAGCCCUCUACUACCUGGUCUUCACUCUGCUGCGGCUGGUGGUGGUGCUGUUCCAGGGCGUCCUCCACCUCUGCGUGGACCUCAUUAACUCCUUCCCUCUGUUCGCCGUGGGCCUCCGCACCUGUCGGCCCUACAGACUGGCAGAGGGGGUGAAGUUCAGGGUGCUGUGUGAGGAGCCUGGGACGGCGCUUCACCUGCUGAUGGAGAUUAACCCUCUCAAGUGCAGCACGGCGGUUCAGACCUACCGCAUCCCGACGUACAGCUGCUACCCCAGAGACUCGUGGACAGCCCUGGUCAAGAAACUGUUUGUCGGGGAGCUGAUUUACCCCUGGAGACACAAAACCACCAAGACCGACUGAGAGACACGAGAGGGAGAGAAAGACCAGGAGAGACGAGGGAAGGGAGGAAAGGGAAGUGACUGAAUUACAAAUGAGACCGAGGGGGACAAAGGGGACAAAGGGGACGAGGGCGAGCUGACUGAAGAGGGUCACAGAAAGAGUUUCUGAAGCUGCCAAAGUUUUUACCUGAACAGCUUGAGGAAGAACAAAAAUGAGUCAAGCCAGCAAGUAGUCGCGUCCUGCUGUGGUUACGAGAACUGCGAUCAUAAACUGACGGUCAGUGCAUGUUGGAUUCUGAAAUGAAAAGCGUGAAGGUAGGAGAGGACCUGAGUUCGAGUCUCAGUUCUCGCUCACCUGAGAGUAUUUUGUUUUGAAUCGUCACCUGGUGCCUUUGUGUAAAUGAAGACAUUUCUACCAUCAGUCCACACAGGAAAGACACAAACUGGAGCCUAAAGGUUCACCAGAAAAACAGUUCAAACCUGCAACACUUAAACUUCCAAAUUUGCAAAUUUUAGAAGUUGUGUUUAAGGGAGACCGUUUGACUUUUGUAACCACAGGUGACAUCAGCCUGAGUCCGCUAACAAGACUUACCUGCACUGACCCUGUAGAUAGUAGUGACGUCUCGCCUUUUAUAUCUCAAACACUAGCAGGAGUUUACUUCAAAUGAUACUAACUGGACACACUUUUUCAUUUAUUUGAAAUAUAAAUCUGAAUCUUUAAGAGCUCUAUUUAGUGUUUAUUUAUCGCCGUAUUUCCUUCACUCUCUGACACAAACAGUCAUGAUUUACUGUUAUGGGUUAACGACUGAUUCGGCUCAUUUUGUCAGCGUUUGUUUUGUUCGUUUAUUCAUGUUCCUGUUGGCGUCUUGUAGCUAAAUUCUGUCCUUGAACUCUGUAUAACCUGAACCGGCUCUCGUUCAAAGCGGCGAGUCAACAGGUUGGGAGUCAGUAAAAAUAGAUCGAAGAUGCAUCAUUCAACUCUUUUUAAAAGAUGAUUUUCCAAAUGUUAGACUGUUUUUUUUUAAGUGAAUUAUUUCUGUUUUGUCUCUAAAUCUUUCCUCCCUGCUCUUCAGCACCCUUAACACCAGCGUGUCAUUUCGACAGUGAAACCACUAAAAUCUGUUUUCUUAUUUUCAUUAAUCCUUCGUUUUAUCAUCCCCGUUUAGCUGUUCUAAAUGUUCUAUGGCCAUUUAAUAAAAUUCAUACAUAUUUAA